GAGGUUCAGAUCUCCGCAAGAUGUUACGCAAUACUAGCCAGCUGUAUAUAAGGACACAACAAUGCCAGAAAAACAGAGGAUCUUUGUGAGCUCUCCACUUUAAACAGAAUGCUGAGGUACGUUGUGGCUCUCUGUCUCCUGGCUCUGUCCUGGGCACAGGACUGCGAGGUGGCCAGCAUCCAGGUCAUGCAGAACUUUGACAGGACAAGGUAUGCAGGGACAUGGUACGCUGUAGGAAAGAAGGACCCAGAGGGUUUGUUCUUACUUGACAACAUCGUGGCCCAAUUUAUAAUUGCACCUGAUGGCAAAAUGACCGCCACCGCUGAGGGCAGAGUUAUCAUCCUCAACCAAUGGGAAAUGUGUGCCAGCAUGUUCGCCACCUUUGAGGAUACCACUGACCCUGCCAAGUUCAGGAUGAGGUACUGGGGAGCUGCAGCUUACCUGCAGACCGGAAACGAUGAGCAUUGGGUGAUUGACACCGACUAUGAGAACUACGCCAUCCACUACUCCUGCAGACAGGUAGACUCGGACGGCACUUGCCUGGACAGCUACUCUUUCAUUUUCUCUCGUCAUCCGACCGGUCUGAGGGCGGAGGACCAGUUCAAUGUCGUCCAGAAGAAGAGGGACCUCUGCCUGCUGGGCAAAUACAGACGCGUUGUACACACAGGCUUCUGCGAGGCCAGCCAAUCUGUCACUCCUAGUAAUGUUUAAUGACGCGCCACCCCCACCCCCACCCCCACCCCCGGGACUGUGUACCACCACCGCCUGCUUGUCUUGGACUGAAUCCCACCAGAGUUCUCUCUCCUCUGCUGUCCCUGAAGAAAAGCAGCCCAUUCUCCUUUCAAAAUAUUCUAAAAAUGGCGAACUACAAACUGUCACAUUGACAUUCUGUAAAUAAAAAGGAAAUAAGACUGGUGCUGAUUUGUUGUCACUCUCCAAAAAAAUGUCCCCAUUAGUGUAGGAGAUUCUGGGCCUUUUUCAGUCUUAUCCUCAACAUGAUUCAGGUUUUUUUGUAUUGGAAUUUCAGAGCAAACCAGUGGAACUUGCUCUCUGGUUCCAGUGAUAAAUAUAGACAUAUCACAUCACUGAAUGUGACAAAUAAUCAGAUGUGAAAAUCUCUUUUAUAAGUGAAGCCUAAACUCUCCGCAUUACAGAGUAUUAACACUAUUUCAACCACAAAACUAGGUUCACAAGUCACUGACUUUGCUUUUACACUGAAAACGUCAUACAAUAUUUUGUAGCACAAAAGAAGAUAUUGUUUAAAAAACCUUCAUACAUAUUAAGUUGCGUGCUAUAUAGGCAUAGUAGUUUGGUUGUUACUUGAUUAUAUGAUGUAUACUUCUUGAUCCAGUUUUUGAAAUAAAACAUUCAUACCGUG